AUGCCUAUUACGACUUGUAUAAAAGCCCUUUGGUCGCCAGGAGUUAUCAUUCACAGUUCACUGUGCAGCAAAAACAAACGUUUCAAAAUGUCAGCUAAGUUCGUCGUUCUCGCAUGCUUGGUAGCGGCUGCGCACAGCAGCGGUCUCCAUGGCGGUGACUACACAAGCUUCUCGUACGGAGUAGCUGACCCCCACACCGGUGACGUCAAGAGCCAGCACGAGACCCGCGUCGGUGGCAACGUCGUCGGCCAAUACUCGCUUUUGGAGUCUGACGGCACCCGCCGUACUGUUGACUACGCUGCGAAUGACCACACUGGAUUCAACGCGAUUGUGCGCAAGGACCCGGCUUUGAUCGGACACGUUGCUCCCGUUGUCGCUGCACCCAUCGCGCACGCUGCGCCGGUGGUUGCUGCCGCUCCGCUCGCGUACGCCGCUCGUGUCGCUCCCGUAGCGCACGCUGCCCCCGCCGUAGCUUACUCCGCCGGUCCUUCCGUGUCCUACUCCGCGUCUUCCUCCUCCGUCGCUCACGGAGGUUAUGGCGCCCCCAUCGCUCACGGUGCCAUCGCCGCCCCCGUAGCUUUGGGCUAUGGAGGCAUUGCUGCCGCUCCCUUAGGUUUAGGCCAUGGUGGUCUCGCCGCCGCUUCCCUCGGUCUUGGCCACGGUGCCCUCGCCGGUCCCUGGGCUCGUGGUCUAGGAUACGGAGCGCAUGGUCUCGGACACUACUAAACGAACAACCUCUCUAUUAGGAAUUUAUUUAUGUACCUACGUAAUUGUUAAUUAUGACGAUGGUUAUGAAUGUUGAAUGGUGAACUUGCUGUGAUCAAAUAAAAAAAAUGUAUAAUA